AUGGGAGAUAGAGUUGAGAGCUCUGGAAAAAAAGAGAGUAACAGAGAAGAAGGAGAAGUGAUGGACACUCCAGAGAGGAGCAAGAACUGCCAGAUCGCAGCUUCUAUCAGCAGAUUUGAGGAAUCCCCCGUCUUCAACUUUCUCAACAGCCUUUCGCCCAUUAGGCCCGUCAAGUCCAUACACAUCACUCAGACCAUCAACCCGCUUAGCUUUGCCUCCCUCCCAUCUGUUUUCAGCUCGCCCCACGUUCUCAAGGAAUCUAGAUUUCUUAGAAGGCACCAGCUUUCAGAUGCAUCAAAACCCGAGUUCUCAUCCGAUGACCACAACAAGCUCGAGCAGAAAAUCAUAGAUACGGAUACUAAUGUUAAGCAAUUGGAUGAACAGAAGGAAAAUGUUGACCCGAGCAAAUCCCAUGAUUGCAUGAAGUUUGUGGUUGAUUUUCCUGAAGAUUACGACUGCAAUAGCCCUGAACCGAGCAUGAAAGACAAAAACUUGAAACUUGUUCCUUUUGUGCCUGAGCUGUCUCGGGUGAACGUAGAGGGUGCGGGACUCAGCGUGGAUCCAAGUAAAGAAGGCGCGUCGUGUGAUUGGGAGGAUUUGAUCAAUUCAUCAGAUCUGUUGAUAUUUGAGUCCCCAGCUGUGGAGGGGAGCCAAAGGGAAAACAUUUUCACUCAGCCCGGGGAUGGGAGUGAGAUUACGGAUGGUGAUGGGGCCCAUCAUUUUAGUGUGGGUGAUGAAAAGAUGGAUCAUGAGCAUCUUUCGGGUUUGUACAGAGGCAUGAGGAGAAGGUGCCUGGUGUUCGAGAUGGGUGGGGCUCGCAGGAAACAAUUGGAUGAGAACUCGGGUCAUGAUCCAUCUUCAGACAGCAUCUCGGGAAAUGAGCCGACUCGCCGCAUGUUGCCCGGCAUUGGCCUGCACCUGAAUGCCCUUGCAUCGGCUCCCAAGGAUACUCUGACCUCCCGAAGACUGUUGAUCGGCCCCUGCUCGUCUGUCGAUUUCCAUCCACCAGAUGCCGUUGCUGUGCCGCCUAACCCUACAUCUUUAGAGACAGAAGCUGAAGGUGUGGAGAACAAUGCUGGUGCUGUGUCUGUGGUGGUUGAGGAUGAUGACAGCCAGCAGUCUGGGUUUGUGGCUAAUGAGGAGAACAAUCAGAGUAGCAGCCCCAAGAAAAAGCGACGUAAAGUGGAGCAAGCUGGGGAAGAUGGAGUCUGUAAACGAUGCAACUGCAAGAAAUCAAAAUGUCUAAAACUUUACUGUGAAUGUUUUGCUGCUGGCGUGUACUGCGUCGAGCCAUGCGCGUGUAUAGAUUGCUUCAAUAAACCCAUCCAUGAAGACACUGUUUUAGCCACGCGCAAACAAAUUGAGUCUAGAAAUCCACUUGCAUUUGCUCCCAAAGUGAUCCGGGGGCCUGAUUACGUCUCAGAAACUGGGUUGCAGGAUGACCCCAGCAAGACUCCGGCUUCAGCCCGGCACAAAAGAGGUUGCAACUGCAAGAAAUCAGGCUGCCUCAAGAAAUACUGUGAAUGCUAUCAGGGUGGUGUUGGGUGCUCAAUUAACUGCCGUUGCGAAGGGUGUAAGAAUGCUUUUGGUAGAAAGGAUGGUUCUGGUGCAAUAGGCAUAGAGGUUGAACCCGACGAGGAUGAAAUGGACAUGGCCGAAAAGAGCAUGCUUGACAGAAGCUUCCAGAAGUGCACAAUUGAAAAUGAGCACGAGAUGAAUGUGGGCCCCACUGCUCUCCCUGCAACACCUUUACAAGCUGCAAGGAAAUCAUCGACCAACCUCCCAUUAUCGUCCAAGAAAAAGCCACCGAGAUCGAGUUUUCCUUCCGUAGGCUCUUCCUCCUCUGUUUUCCAACCCAUGCAAAGCUUUGUGCCGCCACCCCCCAAAUUCGAGAAUCGCUUCGAAACUAUUAAAGAAGAUGAAAUGCCCGAUUUUCUCCAAGAAGAAGGCUCGUCUCCGGUCAGCAGCGGCAUAAAGGUGUCGUCACCCAAUGGGAAAAGAGUAUCCCCUCCUCACAGUGGCGUGAGGAGCAGCCGGAAGUUGAUACUAAGGUCGAUACCGUCAUUUCCUUCCCUCACACAAAACCAGUGA